GAUGGCAAGAAGAGGAUCCACAUCUUUGGGCCGAGCGGAUCCUGCCUGCAGCGGUUCGGGGAGCGGGGGGACGCGGGCAACGAUAUCAAGUACCCGCUUGAUGUGACGGUCACCUCGGAUGGGCAUGUGGUGGUCACCGAUGGUGGGGACCGCUCCGUGAAGGCCUUUGAUUUUGAGGGAAAGGGGGUCCUGGCUGUGCGGGAAGGCUUCUGUUUGCCCUGGGGCUUGGAUGCCACCCCCGACUGUGAAGUCAUCCUGACAGACUCAGAGGCAGGCACUCUCUACCGCUUGACAGCCGACUUCAAGAAGGGGAAAUUAAAGAAGUGUCAGAUAAUUCGGUCGCAGCUCAUCAGCCCGCGGGGGGUUGCAGUCUCCCAGACCUCGGGUGCUAUUGUGGUAAUAGAGCAUCUGAAAGCUCAAGGACUGAACAGCGGCAGCACCCGAGUGAAGAUAUUCAGUGCAGAGAUGGAUCUCCUCAGCCAGAUGGAUAGCUUCGGACUGAACCUUGUUUUCCCUUCCAAAAUAUAUACUACAGCUGUGGCCUUUGACAAAGACGGCCGUAUUAUAGUAACAGAUAUCUGUAGCCAGGCCGUAAUAAGUUUAGGGAAACCUGAGGAGUUUCCCACCUUUAACCCUCUAAUUAGCCACGGACUUUCUUACCCUGUAGGACUGACCUAUAUGGCAAACAAUUCCCUCGUCGUUUUAGACAGCGGUGAUCAUUCAGUAAAAAUAUAUAGCUCCACCUGA